AUGAAACCAAUAAUCGCCAUCCCAGCAAUAAUAGUCCUCGUCCACCGCGCCUACUCCCGCAAAUCCCUCACUCCCCUUGGCCUCGCAACAGCAGCUCUAACAGCAACUGCCCACGCGCUUCACCCCUGGUCAACACCCUUCGCCCUCCUUGCUGUCUUCUAUUUCGGCGGCACAAAAGCCACAAAGGUUAAACACGAUAUCAAAGCUCAACUCACCCUCUCCGCGACCGGAUCGGAAGGCGGCGAGGGCCAAAGAAACCACGUCCAGGUUCUGGCGAAUAGUGUCGUCGCGACGGUGCUUAUUCUCCUCCAUACUUAUGUUCUGAGUGAGUCGUCGGCGGAGUGUUUCGAAAAUGGUAGGAGUGCGGCAGAUUUGUUGAUUGUGGGGAUAGUUGCCAACUACGCCUCCGUAGCAGCCGAUACCUUCUCCUCCGAACUGGGCAUUCUGUCGAAAUCCAAGCCCCGCCUGAUCACCUCACCCACACUCCGGGUCGUUCCACCGGGUACAAACGGCGGCGUAACAGCCACGGGUCUUUUGGCGGGCAUAUUCGGCGCAUUUACGGUCUCUUUGGCGUCCGCUGUGCUUUUGCCGUUCUGUGUGGAGUCCAGUCUUACGGAUCGAGUGUAUUGGACGCUUGCAUUUACGGGCUGGGGCACGUUGGGGAGUGUGCUGGAUAGUGUUUUAGGGGGCUUAUUGCAAGCGAGUGUUGUUGAUAAGCGGACGGGGAAGGUUGUUGAGGGAGAGGGCGGGAAGAAGGUGCUUGUUCAUCCUCAUCCUAGGGCUGGGGGUGCUACGGGAUAUUCGAGUGCUUGUGCUUCUGCUUCUGGGUCUGUGCAGCAGGGGAAGGGUGAGAAGGGCGGUGUUGAGACCUUGCAUGAGAGUCGGAAGGUUGAGAGUGGAAGGGAUUUGCUGGACAAUAAUGCUGUUAAUGUUUUGAUGGCGUUUAUUAUGAGUGUGGGUGCUAUGGGAGUUGCUGGUUGGGUUUGGGGUAUUUCAGUUUUUGAUAUUGGGGUUUUAAGUUAA